AUGGAAUAUAAUUCAUAUAUUAAUAUAUUGCACUAAAUUAGGCUCUGCUAAGAAUGCCUUUAAAAAUAUUAAUGCCCUAAUUUAUUUAGAAUAGACACUAAUCUUGCCAAUAUAGAUAAAUUAUUCAUUAGCCAAAGCAUAUUUCAAUCAUGGGCUGUUGUCACAAUACAAGUAUUGAUCAUGAUUUUUUCAUGGGUUCAUCUCCAAAUCAAUCAGGAAACGAUGCAAGAGACGAUGGCGUCGAUAAUCUCUCAGCCAGCCAAGUUUACUUGAAGAAAUCAGAAGGGAAACAAAUUUUCAGACUCAAAACUCCGAACAGCCAAAAGCCUGUACUCCCAACUCCGACUUUCGGAAGCCUAAACAGUAAUACCUCUCCAUUUAGAUUUGAAGAUGGAACUAAUAGUGUAAGAUAA